CAAAACGUAAACAAAGUGCCAGGGCUGCGCUGCUAAUAUCGAUGGCCACCUUGCCCCUUCCCUGGUAUUCACUUGUGCCUCUCCAGAUCAGCCAGCAGACAAUCGACCGGACCCCGUCCCAUGCCCAGAAGCAUCUGCCAUCUCCUGUCCAAUCCCUGUCCAAGUGCGUUGUGACAUUUCGGGGUCGUGUGACACCUGGGCUCGUCGCGUGUAUGUAUGUGUGUGCCCGGACGCGGAGGCCGGACGAGUUGCUAGAGGUACCGUGCGCGUGAGCGAGAGCCAUGUAUAGGGUGCUCGGAGGCCUGGGACGCUCGAUCCCGUCCGGUGGCAAUCUAUGGACCCACAGUGGAGUGGCCACGCGAACACUGAGUGUAGCCACCGGCCACACGGAUCCUGCCGAUGAGCAGGUCUUGCGUAAGCGCAAGUUCCAGCCCCAGCAGGCGCCCGAUCUCAGCGAGCAGCUGGCGGGCCAGCUGCCCGGACGGGCGCGCGUCGUCAUCUGCGGUGGCGGCAUCACGGGCGCUUCGGUGGCCUACCACCUGGGACUCCAUGGCUGGGGCGGCGAGACGCUGCUCAUUGAACAGGACCGCGUGGGCGGGGAGCUGCCAUGGAGCGCCUGCGGCCUGGCCGGUCGCUUCGAGCCGAGUUACACUGAGCUGAAGCUGGCCGAGUACUCCAUCGAUCUGAUCAAGCAGCUGACGGAGCGUGGCCUGCCCACCGGAUGGCGGCAGGUGGGCAGUCUGAACCUGGCCCGCAACUUUGACCGGAUGACUUCGUUUAAUCGCAUGAAGUCCCAGGCCGUGGCCUGGGGAAUGAACUGCGAGAUCCUUUCCCCCGAACAGUGCCAGCAGCACUGUCCGCUGCUCUCGCUGGACGGCAUCGAAGGCGGCCUUUGGAUACCCGAGGACGGCGUCUGCGAUCCCCAUCUGGUGUGCCACGCCUACGUGGAGGAGGCUCGCCGCCUGGGUGUUCAAAUCGUGGAACACUGCGCCAUCAAGAAGAUCCACAGCGAGCACGGCAAGGUGAAGCGGGUGGAGACGACGGCCGGGGAUGUGGACUGCGAGUACUUCGUGAACUGCACCGGAUUCUGGGCCCGCGAGGUGGGCACACUAUCGAAACCUGUGGUGAAAGUGCCGCUGAAGGCGGUGGAGCACCACUAUCUGCACACCCAGGCCAUAGACGGCCUCGAUCCCAACACACCAUUUGUGCGCGACUUUGACGGGCGCAUUUUCUUUCGGGAGUGCGAGGGCCACAUCCUGGCCGGCGGCUUCGAGCGUGAGGCCAAGAUGGUGUACGAGGACGGGGUAAUCCCCCUGUCGCAGACGGCCCGCCAGUUCCCGCCGGACUGGGAUCACUUUCACGAACUACUUGACGCCCUGCUGGUGCGCGUGCCCUCCUUCCGGGAGGCCACCCUCGACAGGCUGACUAAUUCGCUGCAGGUGUUCUCGCCCGACUGCAAGUGGAUACUGGGCGAGGCGCCAGAGAUCCAGAACUACUAUGUGGCCGCCGGCAACAAAACGAUGGGCGUGUCUGCAUCCGGCGGCAUCGGCCGUGUCCUCACGGAUCUCAUUACCAAGGGCUCCACAUACCUGGAUCUGCACAUCCUCGACAUCAGCCGGUUCCUGGGGCUGCACAACAACCGCAAGUUCCUGCGCGACCGCUGUAAGGAGGCGCCCGGUAAGCACUUUGAGAUAAACUAUCCCUUCGAGGAGUUCCAGACAGGACGCAACCUGCGCAUGUCGCCCAUCUAUCCGCAGCUGAAAGAGGCGGGCGCCGUCUUUGGCCAGUCCAUGGGCUACGAGCGGGCCAACUAUUUUGACCAGAAGGACAAGAAAGAUGAGUUCGGACUGCCGCGGUUCCGCAUUGCCCAGACACGGACCUUUGGCAAGCCGCCCUGGUUCGAUCACGUGGCCUCCGAAUAUCGCGCAUGCCGCGAGCGUGUCGGCAUUGCGGACUACAGCUCCUUCACUAAGUACGACUUCUGGUCAAAGGGCACCGAGGUCGUCGACCUGCUGCAGUAUCUCUGCUCAAACGAUGUGGACGUGGCCGUGGGCUCCAUCAUACACACGGGCAUGCAGAAUCACAACGGUGGCUACGAGAACGAUUGCUCUCUGGCCAGGCUCUCGGAGCGACACUACAUGAUGAUUGCCCCUACCAUACAACAGACGCGCUCCAUGUGCUGGAUACGCAAAAACAUGCCCGACCACCUGAGGGCCAAGGUGAAUGUGGCGGAUGUGACCUCCAUGUACACGGCCAUCUGCAUCCUGGGCCCCUAUUCGCGGAUAUUGCUCUCCGAGCUCACCGACACCGAUCUCACGCCCAAGAACUUCCCCUUCUUUACGUACAAGGAACUCGAUGUGGGCCUGGCCGACGGCAUCCGUGUGCUUAACAUCACCCACACGGGCGAACUGGGCUACGUCCUGUACAUACCCAACGAAUAUGCGCUCCACGUCUACUCGCGGCUCUAUCAGGCUGGUCACAAGUUCAACAUCCAGCACGCAGGCUACUAUGCUACGCGUGCGCUGCGCAUUGAGAAGUUCUACGCGUUCUGGGGCCAGGAUUUGGACACCUUUACAACGCCACUGGAAUGUGGCCGUAGCUGGCGUGUCAAAUUCAAUAAACCCAUCAACUUUAUAGGACGCGAUGCGCUGCUCAAGCAGAGGGAGGAAGGCGUCAAGCGCAUGUAUGUCCAGCUGCUGCUCAACGAUCAUGACCACGAGGUGGAUAUGUGGUGCUGGGGCGGCGAGCCCAUCUACCGCGACGGCGUCUACGUGGGUAUGACCACCACCACCGGCUACGGCUACACGUUCGAGAAGCAGGUCUGUCUCGGCUUUGUGCGCAACUUCGAUGAGCAGGGCCAGGAGCUAGCCGUGACCAAUGACUACAUCCUCUCCGGCCACUAUGAGGUGGAGGUGGCCGGCGUCCGGUUCGAGGCAAAGGUCAACCUGCACUCGCCCAAUCUGCCCACCAAGUUCCCGGAUCGCGAGCGCGAGGCCUACCAUGCGACGCGCGACAAACCCGAUCAGGCGGAUCUCUUGUCCUUCAGCUCCCAUCUGACAACGGUGACAAGGGGCGGCGGUCAUUGAGAAGGUACCACCGGGACAAAGUCCAUCCCUGAUAGCCGUAUGCCUGGCAUCCGUUCGUUCGUUCGUUUCUAGAUUAACUCGAGAGUCUCAAAAGCCAAGCGAUAUUAUUUUGAUGUAGUGUCACCAGUGAAUGAUAUGAAAAGAGACGGACAGUGGACCCAUAUGACGGAGUGGGAGACAACAAUAACACUUGUUUGCUCAAUUAUCGAACCUCCUUCUCUUCCCCCGCCGAUCUGAUAUGAUCCGAUCUGAUAUGGACCUGAAGAACGUCUCUUUCUGUUUAAGUUUGACUUGUUUUUUCUGUGUGAGAACAUGUCGCGCGUCAAUUAAUCCAGAUACAAUAACCCAUAUAUGUAUAUAAUAUAGCUAUACCAUAGCUACGAGCAUAUGCAUCCACGUUUGUAUGUAUUUUGGAUGAUCUUCCGGUUGUUUUGAAAUGUUGCACAUUGUUAAAACAGGCACAAAGGAAACGUUGUUUACUCAAAGCUUACUAUCAUCUGAUCCGCUUUGCUUCAAGUGUUAAUGGUGGCCUUUAGCCAAAUUUACCCAAACUUGCUUCUAGUAGAAAUACAAAAAAAGAAAAACAGAGACACGGGGAACCUCUUGGGGACAAUACAUACGCGGUUCGAUCUGAGCAACUAUUGUUUAAGACAUACAAUAUUUAUAAUCCAAUUUUUACUAACACAACGUUCAACAGUUUCUAUUUUUCAUAUGGUGUACAUUAAUGCUGGUGUACAGAUAUCGUUGUAUGUACGAUAUACUAUACAUGUUUAUAUUAAAAUAUAUUAUGAUACCAUUUUCUUUUAUAUACGAAUAUGUAUGUUCGUAUGGACCUAUGCCAAUAAAUGUACAGUUUAUACAAAG